UGUGCCAGGUUAUAGAUGAAAAAAUGUGUAGUAGGCUCUGUGUGCUGUGAGUCAGAUGUGUUGGCCCGGGACACUGCAUUUCCUCUGCUGGGUGCGGGCCUCGGCAGCUCUGACAUGGCUCCAUUAACUCCUGGUCCAGUCCAGGUAGUUAUAGUGCAGAAGGAUGAUCAUUCGUUCCAGCUAGACGAGGAGGCGCUGGCGUCUGUGCUUCUCCAGGACCACGUUCGGGAUCUUGAUGUCGUGGUGGUGUCUGUGGCUGGUGCUUUCCGCAAAGGGAAAUCCUUCCUGCUAGACUUCAUGCUGAGAUACGUGUACAGCCAGAAGGAUGGAAACCACGGGACCUGGCUGGGGCAGGAUGAUGCACCUCUUACUGGGUUUUCCUGGAAAGGGGGGUCUGAGCCAGACACCACUGGAAUACAAAUCUGGAGUGAGGUGUUCACUUUGAAGAAGCCGGAUGGUAAGGAGGUUGCCGUGGUCCUAAUGGACACACAAGGGGCAUUUGACAGUCAGUCCACCGUCAAGGACUGUGCCACCAUUUUUGCUCUGAGCACCAUGACGAGCUCCAUCCAGAUUUACAAUUUAUCCCAGAACAUACAAGAGGAUGAUCUACAACAACUUCAGCUUUUUACUGAAUAUGGGCGCCUGGCUAUGGAUGAGAUCUUCUUGAAGCCAUUUCAAACCCUGAUGUUUUUGGUUAGAGAUUGGAGCUUUCCCUAUGAAUAUCCAUAUGGUGCAGAAGGAGGCGAGAAGUUCCUAGAGAAGAGAUUGCGGGUGAAGGAACAUCAGCAUGAAGAGAUCCAGAAUGUACGCAAACACAUUCACUCCUGUUUCACCAGCGUGAGCUGCUUCCUUCUUCCACACCCUGGACUCAAGGUGGCAACCAGUCCCCAGUUUGAUGGACGCCUGAAAGAUAUUGCUCCUGAAUUUACAGAGCAGCUCAGUGCUUUAGUACCCCUAGUCCUGGAACCCAGCAGCCUUAUGGAGAAAGAGAUAAAUGGUGCGAAAGUGACCUGCCGAGGUCUGCUCGAGUACUUUAAGGCUUACAUAAAAAUUUAUCAAGGUGAAGAUUUGCCUCAUCCCAAAUCCAUGCUGCAGGCAACCGCAGAAGCCAAUAACCUGGCAGCAGUAGCAUCCGCUAAAGAUUUGUACAACAACAGUAUGGAGAAGAUUUGUGGAGGGGAUAAGCCCUAUGUGUCUCCGGAUGUGCUGCGAGAUCGAGACGCUGCCUGCAGGGAGGAGGCUCUCUCUCAUUUUGACCGUGCCAAGAAGAUGGGAGGUGUGGAGUUUAGCCGGCAGUAUAGAGAAGAAUUGGAAAAAGAUAUGGAUGAUGUUUAUUCGUCUUUAUGCAAGCACAAUGAGAGCAAGAACAUCUUCACGGCCUUUCGCACCCCGGCUGUGCUUUUGGCCCUGGUGGCUGCCUUAUACAUGGCCUCUGGUAUUACAGGCUUUGUAGGGUUGGGAAUUGUGGCACAGCUGUUUAAUUGCGCAAUGGGAUUGCUGCUCAUUGCACUCCUUACGUGGGGCUACAUCAAAUACUCCGGACAGUACAGAGACCUUGGAAAAGUCAUAGAUUCCAGUGCAGAUUAUGUUCUAGAGCAGGCUACAAACCGCCUGGGCAACUCCACACGUCACACUACAGAGCCUGCAAUUGGUGCACCACCUGAGAGGAAAAAGCAGAAGUGACAGCAGAUUGCUAAGAUUCCCUCUUUCCCUCCUUCAGCACAAGCCACCAUUUUGAUCCACAGGCAUUCCAGCGAUCAAACUUACCUGACCACAUUGCCAGUCUCUGCUCUUUCCAGUCUUAGAUUUCUCUCCAUACAUUCCCUUUAUGAUACAGGUAGACAAGCAAUGUUAUGUUCUGCGUCAUACAACAAGCAUGAAGAACAGUGGCGUUUGUAUUAUAUACUCAGCACUUUAAAAUAUCAGCUCAUGUUAUCUUCACAGACUGACAAAGUAUUUUUAUAGAAAGGUCCUUUCACACAGAACAGCUCCCAGUAUUUUAUUUUCUAUGUUACAAUGAGAAAUUGUAUUCCUCGGGACCGAUUGCUACAGAUGUGUUACUGAUGCAUCAAUGCAUGUUUGUGAGUGCAAAAUUACCCAGUGUCUGUGGUCUUAUAAAUGUCAUGUAGACCUUUAAAUUACACACACACACACACACACACACACACACACACACACACACACACACACACUCACUCACUCACUCACUCACUCACUCACUCACACACUCUCUCUCUCUCUCUCUCUCUUUCUCUUUCGGAAGCUUUUUUGGUGUUAAAUAUAUUGUAGUAGGGUAGUUGCUCUUCAUUCCUGGGUCUAUAUUAUUGUUGUGUUUUUAUGUAUUUCUAAAGAGAGGCCUUACAGUAAACCUUAGCACAAGUUGUGCCUUACAAUCUGCACCUUCUAGGGAGUUUAAAAAUGUUACAGCUGCCUUGCUUUAACUUUAUAACCAAGUACGUUAUGCACCUAUAACGCUGCACUUACUUCUGUCCAAUAUACUUGUCCGCACCUAUGGCCGUGCUAGUUAAGGUCACACCUAAAUCAUCAAGUUUUGAUGCAAGAGACUCAGAUGUUUAUAACAGAAAGAAAACUGAAUGUUCUUAUAAAACAAACAAUUACACAAAAACAAUGAAAUGUACAUGGGUUGGACCAAUCUUCAGCCUAGCAGUUCACAAGGGACUAGUGACCUCUCCCUGGACCUGAUUCUGAGAUGAGUAAAGCAGAUAACUGCACCUAGACAAACCAUGUUGCACUGCAAUGGGUGCAAAUGCAUUUAUAUUUUGCAUGCAGUAUAAAUACUGGCUGCUUAUGCAUGUAGCCCACAAAUGCUGGGCAGCUUUAUUUUUACUCUGCAGUUUAUAUUCGGGCUAGAACAUGUCCCUCCCUAAUCUAUAUCUCUGGACAUUCUAAAUCUCCCCAUCUACAGUGCAACAUGGUAUUGCCAAGGUGCUCAGUUAUACCCCUUUCAUGGGUUGGGUUUGUGUGACUGGCGGUCACAAUACAGACGGGAUCCCAGCUGUUAGCUAGUCGGAGGGUGUGGAGAGUGCAAUGAAGCCCCUUGCGGGCUCGCCACAGGUUCUAUUCCCACUCAAUGGGUGUCGUGGACACCCACGAUUGGGAAUAGUCUCUGUUGGUCGACAUGCCGAUAUUGUGACCGGCUGUCUGCUGACCUCCGGUCACAUAACUACAAUCCUCCCUUUCACACAUCGGACCUGGGAAAUUGCUGGGUCUAAAAGCUGGCAAAUUCCUUGGGCUCAGACCCUACCCUGGUAAACAGCAGGGUCGGGGACGCGGGACUUCAUCCUGGGUAGUUUGCAUUCAGACCUACCAAAUCCUGAGUUGAUGCGUGUUUAAGCGCAAAAGUCCUGGAUUUAGAAGGUAGUGUGAAAGGCUUGCUCUUUAUUGCCUUAGUCCUAGUUCAGAAUUAGGCCUGGUGUCUUUAUCCUAGUGAAUAGGCAGAUAUAUAAUGAAUAUUAUUGCUGCCCACAAAAUGGCUUUCCCCACCGUGUAGGCUACAGGUCCAUUUUAAUAUUGUAUAUUUGCAUUGAAUUUAAUCACAAUCACAUACAGCUUCUGUCAUGUAGUUACUUUUGUUGGGCUAGAUUUUUCUGUAUUGUGCACUAUGCCCAAUUAACUGCAUGACAUUCCAGUGUAAUAAACCUAUUUAUACAAACACAUAUGUACAUACAUGAUUCCUUGCACUAUAUGCACUUAUACAUACAAUUUAUAUGUGCAGUCGGUAGUCUCUUUGACAUCUGAACACAUUGUGUGCGAUUAUGUGUAUGUAUGUAAUAUUUGUGCCUGCUACAUGUAUAUACAGUACAAGCAUAUGUGUAUAUACCUGGGAACAUACUUAGAAGUAUUGAACAGUGGUUCACAAUGGACUGCCAGAACUGAAAUUUCUUCCCUACCUAAGGAUGUAAAAUGUUCUUUACAAGCUGAAUUCCAAAGCACAAAUACUGCUAAACCAUAAUCUGGACCAAGGAAAUAUUUCUUCUUAUUGCUGCUUAUUUUUCUAUUCUGUGCUUCAUUUUUAAUAAAAGCAAUUAUACCACUUUCA